AUGUUCUAUCCUAAUGAGGAUUUGGGCUCAGGACAUCUGAUUCUAGGUCUGUGUUUAGGGGCCAGUUCAACCUCAAGGUUAGGUGCCAGUUCAACCUCAAUGUUAGGGGCCAGUUCAACCUCAAGGUGGCUUGCUGAGAUACCUCUCUAGCACAGUGGUUUUCAAAGCACUCCUCUGGUACCCCCAGUAGUUUCACAAUUUAGUUGUAGCCUUGAAAUUGCUCACCUGAUUCACCUAUUCAAAGGCUUGAUAAUUAAAUAGUUGACAAGUUGAAUCAGCUAUGUUAGCUCUGGAAUACUAUAAGGUGAAUGCACCAAUUUGUAAGUCGCUCUGGAUAAGAGCGUCUGCUAAAUGACGUAAAUGUAAAUGUAAAUACAUCAAACACAUGGAACGGCUGGGGGUCCCGAGGAGAGAUUUGCUCUAGCAUGGAAGUCUGACUUCUGAGUUCAGUUGGCUGGAUGCUCUCCAGUCCACCACCUGCUCUUAAUUAGUCCUACGCUACUGUAGUGCUGUAUUACACAUUGACGAUAUCGCAUCCCAGCCUGGAAGCCAAUCCAUUAUGCAGCACUGUUAACACCCAGGCUGUCUUCCCCUCGCUGCCAUGACUGCUGAUGAUGCAAACCCCAUGGGGAGAAGUGAAAAACACCCCACACCGCUCUGUUUGUCCCACCGUGGCACCCGUAUCAUUUUCAUCCUGUCUGCACCAAAUCAAUACAGUGUCUCCUCUCAUCGUUCCGAGGUUGAUUUGAAACCCCUGCCCACGUAUCUUCCCAACCCGACUCCCCCCUACUCGCCCCACCUUGGAAGAAAGCGCUACCUUGUAGUACUUCCCCCUAUCUGCCAUAUUAAUGUGUCCCUAGCAUCUAGGGUAGGCUUACGGCAGCAACGACAACCACACACCAUACAGCAGCAGUAGUAGCUGGAGGUCUGUAAUCUGAGGACGCGGGCGGCUGAUAUAAGAGAGUGUUGGGUCUACGGAACAAGAUGGGCAGUGAGAUUAUACUGUUGGGGAUAUUCUGAUAGCAAGAGCACAUGGUCAUCUUAUUUAGUCGAGACUGGCGAAAUAGAGAUAUGCUAUUUUCUCUGUGUGGUCAGUUGUGAGGUUUGAUUAUCAAUUUGAUAUGAAGUCUUAAAUUGUUAUAUAAAUUGACUUUGCCACAGAAAUAGACUGGACAUUUAAAAAAAUGGUAGGCCUCUAUUUGAUUUGAAAGCGUAGUCACACAGACACAGUUUAUGGAAAGGAUUUACAGACAUCUUCUCAAUGUUUUUCCCCCAGAACAAUAACCAUAUUAUUACCUUUGAAAAUAACAUGUCACAUGCAUCACCAUGAUCAUUAUCACCAUAAUCCUCAUCAUCAUCUUAUUUUCCCUUAGCUGGGUGAAAUAACUGAAAACACCCUCCACCGUCAUGGACGGACAGUAGUCAUUGGUUUGUCAUCACAUGCUCAUGCAACAUGCCUAGCAACGGCAUCCAUCUUGUCAUUUUGUGAUAUGCUUGGUAUUUAUAGUACACAUACAAGAUGGCAUACAGUGCAUUCGGAAAGUAUUCAGACCCCUUUUUCCACAUUUUGUUACGUUACAGCCUUACUCUAAAAUUAAUUAAAUUCAAUUGUUUCCUUAUCAGUUUACACACAACACCCCAUAAUGACAAUGCGAAAACAGGUUUUUAGAAAUGUUUGCUAAUUUAUUAAAAAUAAAAAACAUAAAUACCUUCCAUUGAUCAUCCUUGAGAUGUUUCUACAACUUGAUUGGAGUCCACCUGUGGUAAAUUCAAUUGAUUGGACAUGAUUUGGAAAGGCACACACCUGUCUAUAUAAGGUCCCACAGUUGACAGUGCAUGUCAGAGCAAAAACCAAGCCAUGAGGUCGAAGGAAUUGUCCGUAGAGCUCCGAGACAGGAUUGUGUCAUGGCACAGAUCUGGGGAAGGGUACCAAAAAAUGUCUGCUGCAUUGAAGGUCCCCAAGAACACAGUGGCCUCCAUCAUUCUUAAAUGGAAGAAGUUUGGAACCACCAAGACUCUUCCUAGAGCUGGUCACCCAGCCAAACUGAGCAAUCGGGAGAGAAAAGCCUUGGUCAGGGAGGUGACCAAGAACCAGAUGGUUACUCUGACAGAGCUCCAGAGUUCCUCUGUGGAGAUGGGAGAACCUUCCAGAAGGACAACCAUCUCUGCAGCACUCCACCAAUCAGGCCUUUAUGGUAGAGUGGCCAGACGGAAGCCACUCCUCAGUGAAAGGCACAUGACUGCCCGCUUGGAGUUUGCCAAAAGGCACCUAAAGGACUCUCAGACCAUGAGAAACAAGAUUAUCUGGUCUGAUGAAACCAAGAUUGAACUUUUUGGCCUGAAUGCCGAGCGUAACCUCUGGAGGAAACCUGGCACCAUCUCUACGGUGAAGGAUGGUGGUGGCAGCAUCAUGCUGUGGAGAUGUUUUUCAGCGGCAGGGACUGGGAGACUAGUCAGGAUCGAGGGAAAGAUUAAAAGAGCAAAGUACAGAGAGAUCCUUGAUGAAAACCUGCUCCAGAGCACUCAGGACUUCAGCCUGGGGUGAAGGUUCACCUUCCAACAGGACAAUGACCCUAAGCACACAGACAAGACAAUGCAGGAGUGGCUUCGGGACAAGUCUCUGAAUGUCCUUGAGUGACCCAGCCAGAACCCGGACUUGAACCAGAUCAAACAUCUCUGGAGAGACCUGAAAAUAGCUGCGAAGCGUCGCUCCCCAUCCAACCUGACAGAGCUUGUUUUUGCUUUGACAUUAUGGGGUAUUGUGUGUAGAUUGAUGAGGGGAAAAAACAAUUUAAUCAAUUUUAGAAUAAGGCUGUUAUGUAACAAAAUGUGGAAAAAGUCUAGGGGUCUGAAUACUUUCCGAAUACACUGUACGUAAAUCUUGAUUAGCUAAUGCUGCUCGCCCAUGAUCCACUUAUCUCCCUGCCUGUUUGCCAGCCGUCCCGUCCUGUCAACAUUGUGAACACUUGUUUAUCCAUUCAGACAGGUGUUUGAAUAAUGUGCCUCUCUGUCCAAUAAAUAAUGAUUGUCGUGAGGCUGAGGGGUGAGGCAGGAGGCUAAGGGGUCAAUUUAACUCUGCAAACAGGUGCAGUGGCGGGGGGUAGGGGCCUUGGGGCGAAGGGGGGAGACAACCCCCAAGCAUGUGGUGAAACUUAUACAGCGUUGUGGGUGGGGAUGGAGAGAGAGAGAGAGAGAGAGAGAGAGAGAGAGAGAGAGAGAGAGAGAGAGAGAGAGAGAGAGAGAGAGAGAGAGAGAGAGAGAGAGAGAGAGAGAGAGAGAGAGAGAGAGGAAAAAAAAACAUAUAUAAUCUGACUCAGAGGUGAGGUGGAGUCCAAGGGUAGGGGUUGUGUGUAUUUCAUCCCCCGUACAUGUCUCUAAACCUAGUAUCGGCUGCCGGGGUACGUAACCUUGCUUCACCAGACAUUGCCCACUGGUGCACUUUGGUGAUGCAAACAGCAACCAGUUAUGACAGUUAUAUGAUUGAGAGGCAAGUCAUUUGACCACCACCACCACCAAACCCCCUGAGAGAGAUGUCUGCAUAGCGCAUACAGUACAUAAUGUUGUCAGAUAGUUCAUCCCCGUAUCGAUUACCAGGCCGGCAUGGAUGGAUCGUGUUUCUGUGUCUUUUUUUAAAUGUUUCUGGUAUCGAAUACAGUGCUUGGAUCAGAUGUCUGUGGCAUGUUUAAAUACUCUGGCUCUCAUUCCUUCUCUCUCUCAUCCUUCCUUCUCUCCAUCAUUCCCUCCGUCUCUCAAACAUACAGCUUCUGUCUCUCAUAAACACAUGCACACACACACACAAAAUGCACAUUCUCUAGGACCUAGGCCUGUAUCUCACAAACACACUAUUUAUCUUUCUCAUACGUACACAGCCUCUGUCUAUACCUCUCUCUCUCAGUGUGUGGAUGACAGCAGUUUAAUGUGACCCAGAGGGAAUGGAGGCAGUAGCUGUUACAAGCGUGAUAAUUAGUCAGGUGACGAGCUAAUGAGAGCGUCAUGGGAGUUUUGGCCACAGACACACCGGAAUGUCAAUUCGAUACAACUUUAUUAAUUCCCGACAGGAGAGAUUUAAAAAAUCAGUUUAGACAUGUUUGCAUUGUUAAGAGAAUGACAUAGUAGUGUUGAGGUUGAUGCAGUCUCAAAUCCUAAUUUAGCCUCAUCCUGAAUUGAUGUGCUGUGUUUGAAAAAAAUUAAUGUGUACGGUACAUGAUAUGACACUAACAUAACAGUAGGUAUCUAAUACAGAAGAAUGUAACAACAGAUUCCCAUAACAAAUGUCUAAUAUCACAAUAUUGACCAAAUAUGCAAUCUGUCAUAACUUCACAAAAAAUUGCAAAUAGGAGCACUAAAUAACUCUGAUUUAUGCUGGUACUGUGGUGAAACGUUGUUUGUAGUUUAAAUAAAUUAUAUAGUGAUGAAUAAACUAUAAUUUACACAUUUGUAUAGAAAAUAAGAUACUGUAUGUGUGAUGGUGGAUAUAUAUAUAUAUUUUUUUUUUUGCAGAAAAAACGCAAUAGAUUGGAUUCAAUGCCUUCGAUAUUACUAUUGGUUCUGCUCUCGAUUAGUCAGCCUGUUUUCAUUGUCGGGCUUUUUGCGCAGGCUGCCAUAUCCCUCAUCACAGGCAAGAGAAGAGCCGAUUUCUACAGAUCCCACAAAGACAAACAAAGAACCACACCCGGUAUUGUAUGACAGGUAGCUAUGUCUAAACAGAUUAUUUUCAAAAAUAUCAACUUCACGGAUAUCAAUCACCGUUCAUUCAGGGAGAAAAUACCAUGUAUGCUUCCUUGUUCUGCUGGCAUCGCGGCAAAAAACAAAAUGGCUUUUGCAAUGCAGCUAGUUAGCUAACCUAGGCCUGGAAAGCUGCAUUUUGUCGUACACUGUACCUAGUCAAUGUGAAACGUUUAUCCGCAAACGUAAGUUAUAAAAUGACAGGAAUGUAUUUGCACGAGUGCACAGCUGGUAGGUAACGUUACUAGCCAAUAUAAUGGCGUUGCAGCAGUUUGCUUAUAAGGUUAGCUAGUUAGUCUUCUUGUUAACUAGCUAAAUAGCAUUGUAGCUAACUGUCCUAAUUUCAACUGGUCAGCGUCAGAGCGCAUCAAGGCGUUUGUAAUUAAGCUGCAUUUGACAUCUGGUGCAGUUUGUAUAUAUAUUGUAUAGGCUAACUUUACAGUACAGUUAGAGAAAAUCGUGUUAUAUUAGCGAUCUAGCUCAUAUAAUUAAUAACCGGCCAGCUACAGAUAUGCAUGUUGCUAGUAGCCGGAUAAUGGACUAAAGAGCCUACCGUUACUCCUUAUAGUCCAAGGGCCUUAAUACAUGUUCUGUUUAGAGGCGAAUUGGCUCUGGCAGCCAAAUACUCCACAUAAAGCUCUCUACUUUCAUAUCACAUCAAAAGAAUUUCACAAAUGGAAAACAUGCAGUUACUGUACACUGUUUUAAAGGUCGACUUUGGGCAAACAUGACAUUUUAGUCAUUUAGCAGACGCUCUUAUCCAGAGCGACUUACAGUUAGUGAGUGCAUACAUUUAUUUUUUAUUUUUUUCUCAUACUGGCCCCCCGUGGGACUCGAACCCACAACCCUGGCGUUGCAAGCGCAAUGCUCUACCCAUAACGUAUUUAAACUGUGUAACUGAUCAAUGCACCAUCAUACCAGGUCAUUUAAUGCUUAAAAACAAAAUUGGAUUAAUAAGAUAUUUGACCAAAGUGCCAUUUCUCCAAAAACAAAUCCUGUGAAAUGACGUCAACACAUGGAGUUACUUGCUAGAUAAAGUGGCUAGUUUAGCUAACGAACUAGCUAUGUCGGUUUCGGUGCGCAUGACCAGAUUGACGGCACCAUUUUCUUCUUCUGUUGCUUUUAUGGCAGACUACAUCCAAAAGUUGUAUUGCCGCCACCAACUGGACGGUUUAGAAUGACACAUUGACUAACCACCAAAGGCACACCCCAUUUCUGUUAGAAAAUUGAGAAAGGGGCGGGGUUGGACUGUUUUUUUUUCUUUCUUGCCAAAGGUCGACCUUUAACCAGGUUUAACACAGUUGCAGCUGACAGUAUUUUUCAGUGACAACACGUUUGUGGGGUCCAUCUUCUGUUUACACCCAGGUGUUCGGAGACGCAGAUAGCUAAUUAGCACAGAUAGUUGACUCUGCCGUUUUCCAUAAACAAGCACUGUAACAUGCAAAUAUGGCAGUGUGGGAAACCUAACCCUAUAAAGGUGUGUAGUAAUUUAACCUUUUAGUUUUUUUGAAAAGUAUUUCUUGUUGAUAUGAAAGAUACAUUCCUUAUGUUUCCAAAAAUUUACUGCAAGUGAUGCAUGUUAAAGUUUAGAGAAAGCGUCUGGUCUCUUACAGCCAGAAGAUAUGAUCAUCCAGUGGAGGCUGGUGGGAGGAGCUAUAGGAGGACGGGCUCAUUGUAAUGGCUGGAAUUAAAUUAAUGGAACGUAGUCAAACGUGGUUUCCAGAUGUUUGCGUUUGAUACUGUUCCAUUUAUUCCAUUCCAGCCUUUACAAUGAGCCCGUCCUCCUAUAGCUCCAUCCUCCACUGCUGUCAUCAAUAGGCGUUAAAUGUAGUUAGCUUCUAUCAAUGGGGUAUGUUGCUAGUUACUGCUCCAGUUGUUGUCAAUUGAUCAGAAUCCUAUUGACAGUCAGUGCUCUAGCUAUAAACUAGUCCUUUCUUAUGCAUAGAACUUCUGCUCUUCGAGGCUGAUGUAUGAUGCCAACCCAGAGUAGCUGCUAACUAACCUAUCCCUAAUAUCCACACAAGCUUGCUUGAUCAGUAGACUGAAUCUGUGCAGGAUGCUGUUGGACCUCUCAAUAGACUAUCAUAUGAGUCUAAUGGCAAAAUGGGACGGACGUUUACUCAUCGACUCCGUAAGGCGUGGGCGUGCUUCAGUUGGACUGGCACCUAGGCGAACCGAAGGAGUGUUGCUCGCAUACUCCCUUAAAAUACCGUUGCUUGAAAAAUGAGAAAAAGGCAGCAAUAGUACUUUGUCUGUUUUGAGACUCCGUAGCCAGUAUACACUUCCUCAAAAGUCAGAAUUAAUCUAAGAUAACUCAAGAAAUCUGUCAUUAAUUUUGAUGUUUUUGCCGAGGAGAUCUUAGUCGCCCAAUUUUACAUCUAACUAAGAUGUUUGGUGCCGUAUUUGUCAAUGAAAAAAUGUGCAUGACAAUGAGUCGUCUCAUUGAAUGACAACAGACUUUUAAAAAAAAUCCCUACUGUUGACCAGUCACAGAUGAAAGGGGCGUAGACUUCGGCUGCCGACUUCGGCUUGCCUCGAGAAAAACAGUUGUGUGCCUGAACAGCUGAGGAAACCCUUAUCGAAGUCCAAAACGAACAAAAAUUUCACAAAAUAUCAUAAUACAUGCACAAACUGUUCUGAACUGUUUUCGGCUGGGAAGCAUGCAGACGCCUUUACGAUUGAAUCGCUCUGUCAUCUGAAAUCUGUGUAAAAAUACUGCUGUUUGGGCGUCUAUAGAAUUUAUGAAUAAUACUUUUUCCCAUAAUUUUCCUUGUUUCAGGUCAACAUCAUAUCAAAUUGUACAUGUAUUUGAAUACAAGCAAGGAACCAGAUUAUGUAAAACAUAACAUAAGCAACCGAAAACAAAAGUGACAUAGGGCUGGUCGGUAUACCGUAUUUUACAAUGUACCGGUAUUGAUGCACGGACCGGUUUGGGUUUUUACUUUACCUUCUAUAACGGUAUUUGAAUAUUUGCUUCGUCAAAUCUGAUACGACAUUUGUAACGUCCAUUUUUAUAGUUUACGCCGCUACUUGAAUCAUCUCUUUCCGCUCUGUCUCUAUGCCGCUUUCCACACAGACCUAGCCCCGCCCCCUGUUACUCAUGGAGCGCAUUUGUUGUUCCUCCACCCAUGGUAGACUUGUGUCAAUGCAGCACAUGCAGCAAUGUUUUCACUUUGCUUCUUAAUAUCAAUCCACAAGUGUUCUAUAAUUACACUAUUAGUUUGUGUUUCUUACAUCUGCAAAUGGCUAGUUUGUCUUUUCGUAGCAAGUUGGGCCUAAAUCGUGUUAGCCGCUAAUGCUAAUUGCCAGUUAGCUGGCUAGCUAGCUAAUAAAUGUACUGAGUCAGAGCAAGCGUAACUAGCUGUGCAGCCUGAUAAUACAAGUGAUGGUGUAGACCUAAAUCAGAAUGUUUGUGCAACACUAUCUUCUAAAUUAAGGAGGGAGACGUGAAGCCUGAAUAUGUUAGCUACAUGAUGUAGGUAAGAGAACAUUAAAUGUACACAAAGAUUAUAGGGUCCCCUAGGAAACACUUAUCAACUCUUUGGUUGCUACCCUGUCUCCUCCCUGGCAUUUUUGUUCAUUGUCAUGUCAAACAACACUGUAUUCAAAGUGUCCACUAUUAUAUUCUAACUAUAGAAUUAGAAUAAUAAUUUCCAUGAUGCCAACAGUUCACCCAAGUGAUCGUUUGGUUUAGGUCCAGUCCCUUAAGAGGGCAAGGUAAAUGCCAAUAAAUACACAGCCAUACUGAGUGAGUGAUCACCUUCAACCUAUGGUGAAGAAUUUCUAUCCUGAUGGGCGUGGUCUCUUCCAAGAUGACAAUGUCCCCAUCCACAGGGCACGAGUGGUCACUAAAUGGUUUGAUGAAUGGAAACGAUGUAAACCAUAUGCUAUAUGCCACCACCACCAUCAACAAAACACCAACUUAUGGAAUUUCCUGUGGAAGAAUGGUGUUGCAUCCUUCCAAUAGAGUUCCAGACACUUGUAGAAUCUAUGCCAAGGCGCAUUGAAGCUGUUCUGCGGCUCGUGGUGGUCCAACGCCCUAUUAAGACACUUUAUGUUGGCAUUUACUUUAUUUUGACAGUUACCUGUAUAUUAAAUUUUUUACAUUUUAGUCAUUUAGCAGACGCUCUUAUCCAGAGCGACUUACAGUUAGUGAGUGCAUACAUUUUUCAUACUGGUCCCCCGUGGGAAUCGAACCCACAACCCUGGCGUUGCAAGCGCCAUGCUCUACCAACUGAGCCACAGGAGGCCUAUUACAUAACAUUACAUUUUUAUUACAUUAACAAAAAUAAACAUUCUUUCUUAUUACCCAUUACACUUCUCAGGGUAUCUGGAGGAUUAGGGGAAAGAUAGCAUAUUUCCCCCGUCUUUGUUCUGAAAUAUGGAAUUUGUUUUCUCCAGUGACAGCCUUUUCAAUGUCUCAUAAUACCACUGAUUUUUAUAGUAGGUUUCUGGUCUUUUAUCCAAUUCAAAGCAAUGCAUUUGCAGGCCACAAAGGAGAUAUGUUUUUAGGAGAUUGAGUUGUGCUAGGGUAAGUGAAGGCCUGUUUUCUGUGACACCUAAUACAAGUAGCCACGGGUCCAUCCUUAUAGGACAUCUAAACAUGCCCUUCAGCUCAGUUUAGACAUUUUCCCAGAAAAUUGUUAGUGUGGUGGGUAGGUCUAAAACAAGUGGCCUUGGGUACCUUUCAUUGUUGUAUUUACACAUGUUAUUAUUUUAUUGGCGUUUGUAUCAAAUUGGCGGUAAGUCUAAUGGUGUUGAUUAGUUACAUAACAUUGCUUUGCUUUUCCACCCUGCAAAAGAGCAUGACUGCAAGACGUUUGAGAGAAGAUGAAGAUAAUGGAAUUUUCCCUCCCCUAACCACUCAAUUUAAAAGGAAACAAACAGUGAAAUCUUAGACAUUUCUCAUAGGGACCCCCUCCUGUAAGAAAAUCUAAAAGAAGAAAUAAUUUAAAAAAACAAAUCAAAUAUAAGGAGGCCCAGCAUCUGUAAUCCUGUUUCUGCUUUCCACCUCUCAGCUUUGCGUUGCUCACAGAAAGUCGAUCCCAGCUCCUACCCUCUAUCAGCUUGGGCAGAGGAGCAGCCAGCGCCUUCGGUACCAUAGGCCGGGGAGCCCCUUUCCUCUUUGGACCGGCCGCGGCUAUCCGUCUGGCACAGAUCGAAGCCCAGCUAGCCCUGCACCAACUCAGCGUCAUCGCCGCUGCCAGUAACCACGGCAACCAGCAACUGGCCCUGCUCAACAUUCUCCAGCAAGCAGCUGCCAACAACAUCGCUCAGCAGCGCACCCCCGUCAUGUACCAGCCUCAGCAACCGGGGGCGCCCUUCAACAGGCCCAGGAUCAUGCCAUACCAACAACCGGGCCGCUCUACGGACGGCAACAAUAUGGCCCAGAUGAACAGCUACCAGGUGGGUCAGUUCCCGCCGCAAACACCGCUACCCGAGGAGCUGGAGUCGGCCAUCUCUGUCCGCGUUCAGGGCGGGAGGGACGAGGACCACCGCCUACUCAACCAGAAUACCCAGAUCUCCCGGCAGCUCGGUGUAGACCUCCGCAUGCACGGGGUCGGUCAGGGUGAGAGGUCAGAGACUGGCUAUUCCAACAGCAACAACCUUGUCUCGCUUUCCUGCGAUGACCAGCAGAGUCAGAUGCAGGAUGUGGACUGGUCCAACUACCAGACUCCCAGUAAACUCUUUGGUCUCAAUCAGCAGCAGCACCUCCAGCAGUCCUCCCACUCUCAUGCUAACCCUAACAGCGGGCAUUCAGGAGGGGGCAUGCAAAGCUGGAAUGCUCCUGUUUCUGCACAGGGUCGUCCACAGGGCGGGGACAUGCAGGGUCUGUACGUACCCGAGAGCGCAGGCAGUAUCCUGGCCGGCUUCGGCUUGUCAAACGACGACCUGGAGGUUCUCAGCCACUACCCUGACGACCAGCUAACACCAGACACACUGCCCUUCAUCCUACGUGACAUACAGAUACACAAAACAAACAGAAACACAGGCCCUCCUGCGUUCUCUCAAACUCUCCCUCCUAUUCCUAACCUGCCACCACCGCCUCGUCUUUCUCCACAUCAGCGGCAUCCCGCGCCUUCAUGUACGCCCGACAUCCCGAGUUUUCUGAGUGUGACGCAAACGGCGGGUAAAGUUAUCGACUACGGCCACGCGAGUAGGACGGCGGAGGAGGGCAGAGACCCUUACAAACGUGAGCUACUGCCUAAGGAGAGAGCGGCUAAACCAGAGUACAAGUCCACCAGCUCGUCUUUGAAACGUAAAGCUGAAUCCCCAAGGCGGCACCACUCAAACGACGACUCCUCCGACUCAAAGAAAGACAAAGACUACAGGAGGCGUGCUCCAAUCCCCGACGCUCACAAGCACAAACGAACGCCUGUCAGAGAGCCGCCAUCGAGAUCUCGGUCGGAGCGCGAAGGGUCCAGAACAAGGCCACAGUUUGAAGCCAGGAGUGAGUCGUCAAAAUCAACCAGACCCUCCGGCGCCAAACGCAGCUCUAGUGCCCCCAAGAUGCUCCCAACACCCACCAUGAUAAGUGAUUUCUCGGCGGACCCUCCGAAGGUGUAUCCCCACACCUGCUCCCUGUGCGACAUGCAAUGUGAACGGGCUAAGGUGAGUACCGUACCUAGCCAAGCAGAGAUUUUGUUUUUGUUAAACGGAUACUUCAGGAUUUUGGCGAUGAAGCCCUUUAUCUACUUCCCCAGAGUCAGAUGAACUCGUGGAUACAAUUUGUAUAUCUCUGCGUCCAGUUAGAAGGAAGUUGCUAACUAGCGUUAGUGUAAUUGCUAACUAAUGUUAGCGCAAUGACUGGAAUUCUUUGGCAACUGCUAGCAUGCUAGUAGAUACCUUAGACUUCCAGUUGUUGCACUAAUGCUAGUUGGCUUUGGCUCGCAAAGCUACUUCUAACUUCCAUCAUACUGGAUACAGAGAUCUAAAAAUGGUAUCCAUGAGUUGAUCUGACUCUGGGGAAGUAGAUAAAGGGCUUCAUUGCCAAAAUCCCGAAGAAUCCCUUUACGCUUUUAAAGGCCCAAUGCAGUUAAAGGAAAAAUCCACUCAGACUAUCUUUUGGUAUUUUUAUCAUUAGUCCACUGUUGAAACAGUACCAAAAUGUUUUGAAUGUCAGCAGUCAAGUUUUCAAGAUAUUGGACUUUCAAGAAGCAAAGUGUCACGUGCCACAUCGUCAUGAUGACGCAAAACCCUUCGCGACUGUAUCAAUAGUGGACUAAGAAAGGAAAAAAAGCAACUCGUUUUUGGGUGGAUUUUUCCAUUAAACACCAUAACCACUUUUACAUACACACCAGGCAUAAAACAUAGUGAAAUACAUCACAGAAUAUUGGAUUCUACUUACAAAAACAGACAUAUUUUAAGCAAUGGUUAAACAAUUGUGAUUCACAUAAACAGUUUGUACAUUGUACAUUUGGUGAGCUUACGCCGAUUAAAACACCUGGUUUUCUGAGCAAUCUUUCAAAUGAUUAGGACAUGUAAACACCUUAAUCAGCAUUCCAGCAGUGUGUUUGAUCUGCAGUUGUGCUAGCAUCAGGCGAGCAAGCCUCCCUCUUUAGCGAGAGUGAAGUGAGUUCGGAACAACAAUGUUUGCGUCUUACAAGUAGUUUUCACAUACAAACUUUCUAUGUCCGAAAUCAGAAUCAAAUAUGCUUCCCAAAAAUAACAUGGUCGCUGUGGUAGAAUGUAUAUUUUGAUUCGCAAUUUUCUGCAUUUGUCAGCGUGGCAUCAGGUAGCCUGAUUCCAGAUGUGUCCAUGUAAACAGCAUUAUUACGGAAAUCGUUCUUCUUGCAAAGCAUGUAAAUGUUUUAUUAAACUAUUAUAUUAAUCUGACUAGCCACAAUAAUCGCAUUAUUGUGUGCAUGUAAUCGUACCCAUUAUUUUGUAAAUCCAUGUAUGGUUGGUGUUACUUUUGAGUUGUUCAACUUCUUAAUUUUUUUACUACAACAAAAAAAAACUAAAGGAUAAUUACAAAUAUAAAACAUUUGCACCACAAAAAGUAGCCUAAGCCUAACCCAUACUCGGCUGAUGAAGAAGAUGAAGAUUGCAGAAGACAUGGAUAUCUGCAAAAGCUGAAUCGUAUUUGUGGUGAAGAGGACUAACUUUGCCCAGUAUUCGCUCUUCUGCAGUGUACCAAAACAUUAUCAAUGCUGUUUAUAUACAUUUUGUUUCUUUUACAGGUUGUUGCACAGCCAAAAUGUAUCUUUAUUUCAUACCUUCAAAUUUUGAAACUUUCUUUAAUACUUUGCCAUUUGACUUGAUGCCUCAAACAUGAUCAAGUAGUAUCGAUACAUAUCUUUUGAUUAGCUUGUUGAGGAAUGCGUUCAAGAUAUGGAAGACCUAUACAUGUCGACAAAACCCCUAAAUAUACAUUCAGGAAAUAACUCUCCCAAUACAUACAUAAGCAUAGGCACUAUGGUGGUGUAAAUGUGUUCAUACCAAUCACAUCUCUGCUGGACUCUGGUAGAUAUCUAACCAUGAUUUCUUUAUUUUCUUUUGUUUUUUUCCUCACAGGACUGGAUCGAUCACGUGAACACAGUCAACCACACAGCUAGCUGCAGAGAUCUCCGCAACAAGUGAGUGGUUUAAAAAAGUAUUGUUCAAACCAUGCUGGCAGUUAAAAUCCUUAAGUCUAUUGACGCACCUGUGCAUCAGUCUAAGUAACAAAACUAAAAAAAUCCAUCAAAAUCCAUCAGUUUAACUUAGAGAUUGGCUGCGUCUCAAUCCAUCACAUCCGUCUAUGUCAGCCUUCCACAUCUGCGGUGGAAGGUGGCAGAGCUACAGCGGUGUUUGUCAGACCAUGAGACAUCCUGAAAAUCGGUCUUCUCACGUUGAGGUCUGUAUCGUCCGAAUGGUUUGAAAAGUGUAAUGGGACUCGUCUGAAGUCAGUAACGUUGAUGUGCCAACUACUGUCUGUAGCAUCUGAACCAUUUGAGCUAAAAGCUAUGACCCCACUAUGGAAAGGGGAGACUCACGAACACAAUAGUGUUCUCCGUUUUGCUCUACGACCCCUAAAAAAAGGACUCUUCUGUAGGUAACCCAUACAAAUGAAGGAAGUAUGGAGGUAGUUUUGUUCCAACAAAAAUAAGGGGUUAAAUGUGUCCAAAAAAAUUAAAUGUUCCUGAGCUUACUUAUAUCUGCUAGAUAUAGGACAGAAACUUCAGAACCUUAUUCCUUAUUAUUAUUAUUAUUAUUACUGGCUUUUUUGCCAUUUAUGAAUGUGUUAUUCAAUGCCUUUCUAUGGGCUUUAGUAGUAAAUGCCAAAUUCAAUAUUUCAUUAAUUUUUUAUAAUUUUUUGGGGAUACUUAAAGGGGUCCUAAACAUUCUAAAUCAAAUAGCUAAAUGAUCCAUGGUAUGACCAUCUUAAAACGAUUCCAUAUGUUAGUGGCAGGUAGCUUAGUGGUUAAGAGCGUUGUGCCAGUAACCGAAAGGUCGCUGGUUCUACUCCCCAAGCCGACUAGGUGAAAAAUCUGUCGAUGUGCCCUUGAGCAAGGCACUUAACCCUGAUUGCUCCUGUAAGUCGCUCUGGAUAAGAGCUUCUGCUAAAUGACCAAUUUAAUUUAAUUAGCACCACACCCCAACGGCUUAGACUUCAAAAGUUAACUAACAUGUUAAAACCAACAAUAACACAUGAAUAAUGUGUAGGAUGAUGUACUCAUGUCUCUUCUUCCCCCCCCCCCCAAAGGUAUCCAGACUGGAAUCCAAAUGCCCCAAGGUGAGAGAUGUUUCUAAAAUGUAGGACUACCUCUUUUUUUGCCCUGAUUGUCCAAUCGUACCAUUUUGAGAUUACAACUGUGCAACUGACAAACCUAUCAUUUUCCUCUGUUGGUGUUGUAUGUCACUGGGACUUUGAGUCAUGUAUAAUGUUCUAUUGUUCUUCUGACUCUCUCCCCUUUGCCCGAAACCAGGAGGGACCCGUCUCCAGGUCAGGAUGCCACCUGGCAUCCCCUGGAACGCUCUCCCUCCCGCUCAGUCUCCCAUUCCCUGUCCUGGUCCCCCACCCCUCCUCCAGACCGAAGCAGAAGGAUCUCUCCGCCCACCCCCCAUGGACACGCCCCACACACCUCUGGCCGGCACAGCCCCUCCCAGUCCCAUCGGGGUUCCGCCUCCAGCGCACACAGACCGGAGAAGAGGACCAGCGAAUCCUCAGGUAAGCCACUUGGCUAGAUGCUAAACUGGGCUAGUGGUUGACACUAUGUUUACCAGACCCAGAUGAAGCGUGUUCCUGAAGUGCUAGUCUGUUGGCAUUGUAAUAUAUCUGCCUUGUGCUGCAUUGUCAUAACACAGACAUCAUCUGUUACCCCUACAUCCAGGGAUAUCUACUGUACUACAGUUGAAGUCGGAAGUUUACAUACACUUAUGUUGGCGUCAUUAAAACUUGUUUUUCAACCACUCCACAAAUUUGUUGUUAACAACCUAUAGUUUUGGCAAGUCGGUUAGGACAUCUACUUUGUGCAUGACACAAGUAAUUUUUCAAACAAUUGUUUACAGACAGAUUAUUUCACUUAUAAUUCACUGUAUCACAAUUCAAGUGGGUCAGAAGUUUACAUACACUAAUGUGACUGUGCCUUUAAACAGCUUGGAAAAUUCCAGAAAAUGAUGUCAUGGCUUUAGAAGCUUCUAAUAGGCUAAUUGACAUAAUCUGAGUCAAUUGGAGGUGUACCUGUGGAUGUAUUUCAAGGCCUACCUUCAAACGCAGUGCCUCUUUGCUUGACAUCAUGGGAAAAUCAAAAGAAAUCAGCCAAGACCUCAGAAAAAAAGUCUGGUUCAUCAUUGGGAGCAAUUUCCAAACGGCUGAAGGUACCACGUUCAUCUGUACAAACAAUUUUACAUUUUAGUCAUUUAGCAGACGCUCUUAUCCAGAGCGACUUACAGUUAGUGAGUGCAUACAUUUUUUAUAUUUUUUUCAUACUGGAAUCGAACCCACAACCCUGGCGUUGCAAAUGCCAUGCUCUACCAACUGAGCUACAUCCCUGUCGGCCAUUCCCUCCCCUACCCUGGACAACGCUGGGCCAAUUGUGCGCCGCCCCAUGGGUCUCCCGGUCGCGGCCGGCUACGACAGAGCCUGGAUUCGAACCAGGAUCUCUAGUGGCACAGCUAGCACUGCGAUGCAGUGCCUUAGACCACUGCGCCACUCGGGAGGACGCAGCCGCCAUACCGCUCAGGAAGGAGACGCGUUCUGUCUCCUAGAGAUGAAUGUACUUUGGUGCGAAAAGUGCAAAUCAAUCCCAGAACAACAGCAAAGGUCCUUGUGAAGAUGCUCGAGGAAACAUGUACAAAAGUAUCUAUAUCCACAGCAAAGCGUGUCCUAUAUCAACAUAACCUGAAAGGCUGCUCAGCAAGGAAGAAGCCACUGCUUCAAAACCGGCAUAAAAAAAUCCUGACUACGGUUUGCAACUGCACAUAGGGACAAAGAUCACACUUUUUGGAGAAAUGUCCUCUGGUCUGAUGAAACAAAAAUACAACUGUUUGGCCAUAAUGACCAUCGUUAUAUUUGGAGGAAAAAGGGGGACGCUUGCAAGCCGAAGAACACCAUCCCAACCGUGAAGCAUGGGGGUGGCAGCAUCAUGCUGUGGGGGUGCUUUGCUGCAGGAGGGACUGGUGCACUUCACAAAAUAGAUGGCAUCAUGAGGAAGGAAAAUUAUGUGGAUAUAUUGAAGCAACAUCUCAAGACGUCAGUCAGUUGGUCGCAAAUGGGUCUUCCAAAUGGACAAUGACCCCAAGCAUACUUCCAAAGUUUUGGCAAAAUGGCUUAAGGACAACAAAGUCAAGGUAUUGGAGUGGCCGUCACAAAGGCCCUGACCUCAAUCCUAUUGAAAAUGUGUGGGCAGAACUGAAAAAGCGUAUGCGAGCAAGGAGGCCUUCAAUCCUGACUCAGUUACACCAGCUCUGUCAGGAUGAAUGGGCCAAAAUUCACCCAACUUAUUGUGGGAAGCUUGUGGAAGGCUACCCAAAAGGUUUGACCCAAGUUUAAACAAUUUAAUAGCAAUGCUACCAAAUACUUAUUGCGUGUAUAUAAACUUCUGACCCACUGGGAAUGUGAUGAAAGAUUUAAAAGCUGAAAUAAAUCAUUCUCUCUACUAUUAUUCUGACAUGUCACAUUCUUAAAAUAAAGUGGUGAUCCUCACUGACCUAAAACAGGGAAUUUUUACUAGGAUUAAAUGUCAGGAAUUGUGGAAAAACUGAGUUUAAAUGUAUUUGGCUAAGGUGUAUAUAAACAUUUGAAUUCAACUGUAUAUCUACAUCAUUAUAACCCAGACAUCGUCUGUUACCCCUACCUCCAGGGAUAUCUACUGGGAGCUCCUCUCGAGGCCUGAAGCGUUCCAGAAAUGACACCGCCAAACUCGGUGGCCACGGCAACAGAGCUGGGGUUUCUGGGAACCGUGAGUCCUCCUUGUCAUCCGCCAGCAAGUUUCCGGCGUCCAUGUCUGAGAAGCCACAUCGUCCACCUUCCUCUGCAUCCUCUUCUUCUUCUAAGCCCGGUGCCAAGCCAGUGGCUGGGAAGGAGACCACCCCAGGACAGGACUCAGAGGUGUGCCCCUCGCAGAGCUUUUGGUUCUAUCUGUUGUUUGCUAUGCACAGUGUCAUUGGGGCUCUUAAGGUUAACUACAUUAUCAGUAAUAAUUACUUUCAGUAGUAAUAUCAGUAGGGAAAUAUGACAAAUUGAAGUGCAACUAACUUAUAUGGAUAGCAGCUUCUUCACACGCCUAUCCAACCCAAGCAGUACCUGUAAACCUUCCUUCCUUGAUUUUUUGGUCCAGUCUUCCAACGCACCACAGAAGAAGCCGAAUCCAACACUGCAGAAGAAGAGUCAUCCAGGUUCCUACCUGCUCUAUCUGACGGGCCUCCCUGCAGAUGCCAAGUACCAGGAAGUGGUAUCACUGGUGCAGGCCUUCGGCAAGGUCACCAACGUCCUCAUCAUCAGGAACGAGGAGGAGAACCAGCCGCAGUACGCCAAAGUGAGUAUAGAUAACUGUGUAUGAGUGUGUCACGUUAGGCAUCAUACCCUUUUAAUGCUAAGUGUGCUGUCUUUUUGAUAAAUAUGAAUACAUCUUGUUUAACCCCCUAAUCUAUUUUCCGCUGCCCUGCAUAGUAAAUAAAAAAUCCCCAUCAAAUUACGUUAGUUUAAGCAUUGUUGUGGAUUUAACAUCCAAUUUAGUUGUUUUCCUGUUAUAAAAGUGUGAUUUUUGAGAGCGAAAACCAGAAAAAAUUGGGGGAAAACGGAAAUCUAAAAAAAAUAAACGGAGCAAACAGAAUUUUGGGAAAAACUGAAUCGGGGAAUAUUUUUUGGGCUCUAUAAAUAGGCUGAAGCAUUCUAUUCUAUUGGGCUAGAUCCCUGAUGUGAUCUUUUAACUAGUUAGCUUCCUAUUGAUGAAUUCUAUGUUCCAAAAAACUUGCAAUAACACAGUGAAAUAAUGUAGGCCUACCUUUUAGUUUAACUUUGGGUAAACUGACACCCAGGGUGUACUUCUCACAGAAACCAAUCAUGUCACCAUUUUUACCCCCAACACUUUCCCUGGUGGCCACUACUCUUGCUCAACGAAGAAUGUCAUCCCUCGGGGGGGUGAAUGAAUUUGAAGUAGUGUGGCAUUUUAACCCAAGUUACCCUACAAUUGACCUGUGUUACAUUUAGCCCCACUCUCCCCUAUGAACUCAAGGCACUGCUAAAAACUCCAGGUUUAAAAUGGUGCAGCUCGCACAUAUUUAGGUGUUGACAAAUAUAUAAAGUAGGAAUGGGAAGAUGGGAUCCCCUCUUUUUAACAAAGGCCGUUCAAACUGCUGUUUUCCCCACGAUUGCAUUAAGAGUUGUUGCUCAUAACUUGCAUGUGCCUCGAGUUCGACAUUUCGAAUAAUUCUCUGGCAUAGAACCCACAACAAGCCGACUAGGUAACUAUUCCACUGUGGGGUAUUCUGGUUCUUCUAUUCAUUACUCGUUUUGUUUGCAGAAGGAAAGUAAAUGUGGACUGUUCUGGGGCGGCAGGUAGCUUAGUGGUUAAGAGCGUUGUGCCAGUAACCGAAGGUCGCUGGUUCUAAUCCCUGAGCCGACUAGGUGAAAAAUCGGUUGAUGUGCCCUCGAGCAAGGCACUUAACCCUAAUUGCUCCUGUAAGUCGCUCUGUAUAAGAGUGUUUGCUAAUGACUAAAAUGUUAAAAUGUUCUAGCAUCAUCAAAGUGCGCCAGGCAGAAAUAUAUUUUUUAAAUCUUCCAAAUGCUUUUGUCGCGAUGGCACUGAUUUUGCCGUGGCACAGCGCCACAUAUAAAUGACUGCAGCGGAAACACUGAUACACUAUAUAUACAAAAGAAUGUGGGCACCCUUUCAAAUUAGUGGAUUUGGCUAUUUCAGCCACACCAUAGGAAACAUUGGCAGUUGAAUGGCCUUACUGAAGAGCUCUGUGACUUUCAAUGUGGCACCGUCAUAGGAUGCCACCUUUCCAACAAGUCAGUGCGUCAAAAUGCAACAGCUCAGCCGCAAAGCACGUAGCGCGUAAAAAUUGUCUGUCCUCGGUUGUAAAACAAGUUUCAAACUGCCUCUGGAAGCAACGUCGGGAGCUUCAUGAAAUGGGGUUCCAUGGUCGAGCAGCCGCACACAAGCGGAUGCCAGGAGAACGCUACCUGCCCCAAUGCAUAGAACCUGUUCUCAACUGGUUUACCUGGUUAAAUAAAGGUGAAAUAAAAAUAAAAAAUAAAAAAAAUAGUGCCAACUGUAAAGUUUGGUGGAUGAAGUAUAAUGGUCUGGGGCUGUUUUUCAUGGUUCGGGCUAUGACACUUAGUUCCAGUGAAAGGAAAUCUUAAUGCUACAGCAUACAAUGACAUUCCAGACGAUUCUGUGUUUCCAACUUUGUGGCAACAGUUUGGGGAAGGCCCUGUUUCAGCAUGAUAAUGCUCCAUACAGAAAUGGUUUGUCGAGAUCGGUGUAGAAGAACUUGACUGGCCUGCACAGAGCCCUGACCUCAACCCCAUCGAACACCUUUGGGUUGAAUUGGAACGCUGACUGCGAGCCAGGCCUAAUCGCCCAACAUCAGUGCCCGACCUCACUAAUGCUCUUGUGGCUGAAUGGAAGCAAGUCCCCGCAGCAAUGUUCCAACAUCUAGUGGAAAGCCUUCCCAGAAGAGUGGAGGCUGUUAUAGCAGAAAAGGGGGGACCAACUCCAUACUAAUGCCCAUGAUUUUGGAAUGAAAUGUUCGACGAGCAGGUGUCCACAUACUUUUAGUGUAUGUGGUGUGGCUUGAUAAAUAUGUAAUAUUUUAAUAUUGUUAAAAGGACUGGGUUUUGACAGGACUGAGAAUUGCCAGGGACCUCACAAUGCGAUAUUAUCAUGAUACUUAGGCUCUGAUACCAUAUGUAUUGCGGUUCGAUACUGUUAUUUAUAUGUCUGCUGCAGAGGGACAAGAGUUUUGAUCUGUCAUGGAAAUAAGUGCUAAAAACAAAUUGGCUUCCCUAUUUAAAAAGAAGAUGGAGAACAAGCUAUGAAGGAAGAAUACUGGAGUUUUGGUGCAGGUACAGCCAACUAGCGCAAAAAAAUAAUAUUGCGAUAUGGAACUGUAUCAUUCCUUCCCCAUCACUACUUUUUGAUCCGUCUGUCUAACCUCUGCCCUUCUCUGUUCCUCCAGGCCACUGUGUGCAUGCAGAAAGAGCAGGACGCUAAAGCUCUGGCUGAGUGCCUCACUCUCAACAUACGGGAACACCCCAUCACUGUCUCUGACCAGGUUUGUCCCUCCCUGCUUACCGUACCAAAGCCACCUCAGCUUCCAGCUGGGUAUCCAUCCACUGAACUUCGUAUCAUAGAACUGGCUCAUGUUUCCCUUGUAGUGAAGAAGCUAAUAGAAAGAGAACAGAAAGAUGAGAAAAUGAGGUGUAUAAAAAUAUAAAUGUAAAUAUGUUUAUUUCUUUGUUUUACAGAAUGGUGAGGAGGAUCUUACUUCCUCGAUACCUGUCAUUAUAAAAGGGUAAGUAUUAUGCAUUACCUGUAUAUACUAGGGUUGUCGUUGACCCCCUGAACUUUGCCACUCGUGUGUUGUUACGGAGGCAGUUAUUCACACAUUUCAUUACUCUCCGUAGAGAAGUGGUCGGUGCCCCCAACGAGACCAACACGACCGUCAAAGGCCCAGGUAAAAAUACAUACAAUUAAUGUUAUUUUAGUGUGAAUCCCAAAUGGCAGCCUAUUCCAGUUAUAGUGCACUACUUUUGACCAACGCCUAUGUACCCUGCUCAAAAGUAGUGCACUAAAUGUGGAAUAGGGUGCCAGCCUUAAAUGUCUAGAUUAAUAUUCAACUAAUUUGAUAGACCUGAUCAAUAAGAGUUGUGGAAUUGAACAUUAUUUUUAUUUCUUCCCACAGAAACCAGCGUUGGUCAGAAGAAUUUAAAUGAGGUACUGUAUUAUUUGUCUCUGUCGCUUAUUUGCCAGUAUGUCUAUUAAUAUUUUCUUAUUAAGUAUUCCAAUGUUAUAUAUCUACAAAAAUACAAAUAAGCUGAUGGUUGUGAGCCUGGGUAGUGUUCCAGUUCAUCUUUAACACUUUAAAACAUUGGAGAACAGAUUGCCAGUCAGCCAGCCAGCCAGCCAGCCAGCCAGUCAGCAGUGUCUGAGCUGUAAGAUGAAAUGGGUUUCCCAACAGAUACACAGGGAGCAGGUGAAGAGGAAGAGGAAGAGGGGAUGUAGAGCGGGACAGAGCCAGAGACUCAAAAGACUGCUGAGGGAAAACAAGGUGCAGAACUGAACUGAUAUCUCAUAGGCCCAGGCAGGGGGUGCUACAUUAUGAACAUUCAAAUAUAAUUAUAUAAUGUAGAUUAGACUUGAUUUAGCCCCGUCAGGACAGGUAGAAUAGGAGAUUGUCAGCUCUAUUCAUGAUAUCUCUGUAUACAACGUUCUGACCGUUUUUAAAAAAAUUUUACCUCACUGAAUACGUGACUGUCUUUGUCUCCUGUGGUUUAACCUUUUAGAGGGGCAUGGUCAAGAUUACUGGACUUCCUGAAAGCGGCUGCUCCGAGAUCGAUAUCGCCAAGCUGGCCCAGCCCUUCGGAACACCUGUCAAGAUCCUCCUCAUCACCACGCCCAGUGAGGUAGGCUGGCGACCCACAAUACAUCACUCACUGUCACAUUGAUUUUGCAUUAUGUGGCUUAGGGCAGUGUUUUCCAACCCUGGUCCUCCAGUACCACAACAGUACACAUUUUUAUUGUAACCCUGGACAAGCACACCUCAUUCAACUUGUCAACUAAUCAUCAAGCCCUCAAAGAGCUGAAUCAGGUGUGUUUGUCCAGGGCUACAACGAAAAUGUGUACUGUUGGGGUUACUGGAGGACCGUGGUUGGGAAACACUGGCUUGGAGCACGAUGCCAGUGACAUCAGGUUGAUUCCCACUGUCGUGACGUGAUUACUUUAAUGUAUGACUGUUAUUUAUCGAAUCGCCUAACUGUUUAAUUGUCCCUCGAUUAAAUUAAUCAUGUAACAAUUAACUCAUUAGGAAUUUGGGGCACCACGGAAGAAGUUGUUUAACGAGUUACAAACUCCCGAAUUAAACUCUUAGAAGAUAUAUAUGUUAUAUCGAUAACAGUCACUUAUUAAAUAAUUACCUCUUAUCAGUCUCAUUCUGAACGUCGCAUAAUCCUUGAACCUGCAAGAACCCUAACCUUAUCGAUGAAUCAGCAAUACACAAAUUGGCUUAAUUAUUUAUUUACUAACUAAAUAAUAAAACAAUACAACACACACACACAAGGUUAUUGAUUACUAACGUAAUACAAUGAAAACAGGUCCCUAGUGGACUGGACUAACAAUAGCAUGAAUGCUUGGGUAGAAGGAGGGUCAGAGUGGAAGGGAGAGACAGAGAUUCAAACUAUCGUGGUUACUUUGGAAACAACACUCACGGAAAUACAAAUGUGUAAAAUCCCACUAAGCGCACAUUCAGAUUAGAAAUACAACAUGUAUUUACGUGUAGCUGUCCUCAAUAGUUGAGUUGAUGAUGUAGGACUCUGGUUUGCCCACCAGAGAUCCCAAUGUCCUUGGUAGAGUUUCUGGUCGUAGUGGUGGUUAGAUGGAUACUUCAGCGCGUACCCUGUAGUUCGUAGAGUUGAUCUGUUAGAAUAGAUACUUCAGAUGUACCAGCGGUUGUCGGAGAGGGAUUGUCCUUCCCAACUUGUCUUUAGUGAAAGUUCUCUAGACUACUAUACAUGCCAGCUGCAGACUGAGAUGAAAAGGUCUAGUGCAUUGUCUUCUUCACCUCGUGUAGAAGUUGAGAGUUUCAGAGUUUCUCCAUUUCAAGCGUGUGGACUAAAGUCUCACGUUUUCUGGUCUAACCAUUUUGUAACGUUUAGCUCACGCUUCACGUCUGCUGGUCUGUAGAGUUAAUUUGUUUUUCAAGGCUUUUUAUGCACUCGGGGUAAAAGGGGCAUUCCAUCAUGUUUUUGCUCAUCUGGGCGUGGCCACUGACUGAGAACAAAUCAAUAUGGAAAACAAUCAUAUCAUCUAGAAUGCUAAAAUCACAUUGUUAUCUUCACAAAAGUAUUAUUAUACUUAAUCAUUCAUUUUAUACAACAAUUAGAUGCAAACCUCAUAACUGGCAAGUGUACACCCCCAGAGAUACAGUUAUGUUGUUCCACCGUCUUUAAUGACAUCACAACAUAGUAACACAUUUGACAUGAUUGUUCUUUAAGUCCCACAUUCUUUGAAGUAUGAAUAUUGUUUCAUUAUCCACUUUUGGAUGUUGGAGUUUUGGCGGGAAUAAUCUCUGUGUUAACAAAGGGAUCCUUUCUCCCAAUACUUCAUGGCAAGGAAGAGAAAGUCUGAACAGUAUUUACGACUGGUCAUAAAACUGGUCCCCAGGAGAGGGGGUGUUCAAACCUUUGCCAUGCCGGCAUCUUUGAUCCUCAGUCAUGACACUACAAAGGACUUGUUGUAUACAUUGGCACUGUUAAUGUUCUGUCAGAUGCUUUGGAUAAAAGAGUCUGUUUAAUGGCAAUGUCAUAUGAUUUUCACAUUGAUUUAAACAAUAUAGCUUGUAUACCCAAUGUGACUGACUGUUGGUGACCGUUUGUCUGUCUGUGGUCCUCCCCAGGCUCUGGUCACCAUGCAGGAUGUGGAGUCAGCCCAGGAGAUGGUGAAGGUUUACAACAACAUGCCUGUCUGCAUCAACGACUCUGUUCUGAAUAUGAGCCUGCUGCCAAACCUCCAGGUGGACUUCAACAGACCAGUAAGAUACUGUGGCUUGACUUACUUGGCUCAUUCCUAUUAGCUCCUAGUGGAGCACAGGGCCUCAAACGUGCAUCUCCAGCAACCUGUUCUGGGCAGUUUUCUUGACUUAGUUUACAGGUGGUUGCUGCAGGGUACCGAUAAAUGUUUACUAUGAUAAGUGUUUAUGCACAAACUUGUUUUGCACUGAUCUAAUUCAGUGAUGACAUAACUUUUCAUUCCAUUUAUUACCACAGGUGGCACUUUUCCAUUCAUUGAUGGGACCAAGGAAUCCUGUUAGUGUGAGUAUUUCACUGUGGGUUCAGGUCACCUAAAAGGCUCUUAAUAUUAACGUUGUUUCCACCCCAAGGAAAAGGUAGAAAACACAAACAUCCCACCUGAUUUAAGACCUAAGUGUUGAAACAUUUAACCUAACGAAACUAAUCACACCCAAGAGCAUAUAUUAUUGCAGUGUGUCCCUUUUAAAAUGUCUAACAACUAUUUAUAAAGUUGAGCUUCUUGAUAAUAAUUGCUAAAAGUAAAGUUGUUUGUAAUUGAUGAAUAAAUGUAAAUGUUACCAAUACGUCCUGCAUAAGGCGGAGGUGGGAGGUGAUGAUGACUGGAACCGUCUCCUGGUUGUCAGUAACAUUCCGGCCACGCCUUCCGGCCCAACAGAGAUCCAGAAGCUGGUCCAGCGCUUCGGCACAGUCCAACAGACUCUGGCACUCAAGGACAAGGUGAGGGACCCGUGGGUGGGGAGGUGUGGGGUGUUCAAGUGUCUGUCAAGGAGAGGGACAUCUUAGUGAGGAACGUCUGUUUUUGUGUUUGUGUGUGUUCAAGUGUCUUGUCUGCCCUGCCUACAGUAAUUCCACACCAUCCAUCCAAUCCUAUUUUCUUUACCCCAUGCAGAUCAUCUUUGAGAUGGGAACAGCAGAAAUGGCCCAGAGUGUCUUCAACCGCUUCCAGAAGUUUCCCUGCAUUGUUCAGAACAACAAGCUCGCCUUCUCCUGGAAACCUGAUCCCGAGACUGAUCUACCUAAAGUCAACAUCUCUGCCGGCUCAACAGCGCCAACUGGUGGCAAAGUCUCCCAGACUGAAGAGACUACUACACCCCCUGGUGGACAGGAGGACUCACUGUCUCAGUCAGGAUUAAAGGUGGCGAAAGGAACAGGGGUCGAUACUAACGUUAAAGGACAGGAGGUUCAGCCAGGUGAUGAAGGGAUGAAGGUUGAAGGAGAGGUUGAAGCCACAGAGAAGGAGUCUCCAGCAUUAGGAGGAAAGGAGCAAGAGGAUCAGCCUGAUGUGGCUUCAUUACAGCCAGCAGGAGUGAACCAGAGAGAGGAUACAGAACCCAACACAGACCAACCUGGAGGUCAGGGUGGAGAGGUCGUCAUGGAGAAAGUUGCAAACAUUUCAACAACGGAGUCCGAAGAGACUGAAGAACCAGUCGCCUCGGAUGCUACCGCCGCUCCUCAAGCUGCUAAACCAGAGACAGCCACCUCUGCCCCAGCCCCAAAUGUGAUGGCGGCGAUCAUAGAGGCCUUACGACAGGAGAGCAGGAACAGAUCCUCUACCAAGGUUACCACUGACCAGGCUGCAGCUGAGAAUCCUCCAGGUAAACAACCAACAGAUAAGGAGACUCCAGAUGUCCAGGCGGCGCCUGCUCUACCCAGAGUGACCCCUGAGAUCCUGAAGGUACUGCUGGAGGAGUGCAGGGUCCGGUCCUCCAGUAGGGCCAACGCUGAGCAGGCCAGGAAGGAACAGGACCAGGCGCCCCCUGCAGACCAAAAGGCUGGAGGAGAACAGGUCACCAAGAGGAAGACCCGCGAGGAGGAAAGGGAGGAGAGAGAGAGAGCGAGGAGGGAGAGGGAGAAGAGGCUGAAGGCCCAAGAGGAGGAGAGGGAGCAAGGAAGGAGGGACAGGAAGUUAAAGGCCCAGGAAGAGGAGAGGGAGAAAGGAAGGAGGGAGAGAGAGAAGAGGCGCUCCCACAGGGAAGGGUCAUCAGGAUCACCGGGGUCCAGGUCCUCUAUGAGGUACGAGGGGAGCCGGCGCAGGGGGAGGAGCGGCGCCAAGUCUGAGUCCAGGAGAGGAAACGGAGAGGACAAACAGCAGGUAGGAGAGGCGCUAGUGUGUUGGUAUUCACUCUAUAUACACAGAGGACAAAGCAUUAGGAACACCUGCACUUUCCAUGACAUAGACUGACCAGAUGAAAGCUAUGAUCCCUUAUUGAUGUGACUUGUUAAAUCAACUUCAAUCAGUGUAGGUGAAUGGGAGGAGACAGGUUAAAUAAGGAUUUUUAAGCCUUGAGACAAUUGAGACAUGGAUUGUGUGUGUGUGCCAUUCAGAGGGUGAAUGGGCAAGUCAAGAAAGAUUUAAGUGCCUUUGAACAGGGUAUGGUAGUAGGUGCCAGGCGCACCGGUUUGUGUCAAACCCAGCAGCGUUGCAGUUAUUUUCAUGCUCAACAUUUUCCCCGUGUGUAUCAAGAAUGGUCCACCACCCAAAGGACAUCCAGCCAAUUUGACACAGCUGUGGGAAGCAUUGUUGUCAACAUAGGUCAACACCUUGUAGAGUGUGGGGGGGGAACUCAAUAUUAGGAAGGUGAGACUGUUAGGCAUACUCAGUGCAUAUAUAGAUAGAUCUCCAGUGAACAGUGUCAUAUCUAUACCCAUCAUGAUUAUAGAAGAAUGCCAACAUCAACUUUCCAACCAUUUUGGGGAAUGACUUGCCAUUUUGAGGAAAACUGUGGUUUUAAAGUUAACUGUCCUCUUCCCUGUGUUCUUUCAGGAAGAGGAGGAGUUAGGUGAGAAGCACGUGCCCUUCGACAUGGAGGACUUUGUGACUGUGGACGAGGUGGGGGAAGUAGCUGCGGUGCCCCAUACGCCCCCCGAGACAACCACAGAGGUGACUGAGGUUACGGAGUUGACCGGCAACGACCCUGUGACCACACCAGCCUCUGAGGCAGAGCAGCAGUCACCAGCAGACACUACACCGAUGGAGGUGGAGGGUGAGCCUGGGACAGCAAAGGUACAGGGGGAAGCGCUGGACAAACGAGGACAGAAGGAGGAGGAGGGGUUGGCCCCAGCAACCACAGAGGAGGGGUCGGUGAAGACUGCAGAGGGAACUGGGGAGGUGACAGAGGAGAAAGUUCCAGACUUUCAGGAUGACAUCAUCAAAGAGGUCAGUGUGUCUUUAGUUGCAUUCCUACUUACUUGAAUAAUCCCUUUCCUAAAUGAAAGGCUUCAACACUAUAACAUUCAACAAUGAGAAGAUCAGUGAUAAGGCUACUUCAACCGAGGAAGGAAAAAAUGAAGUGUUUCAUUACUCUCUCCUUCAGCCUGUGGUCACGGUGCCGAAGACAACCUGUGAUAAGUUCACUGAGGAAGUCAGAGGUGAAAGGUCACGAUGAGGCCACACCCACAGACGCACCUGCCGCCGCUGGAGAAGAGGAGGUGGAGGAAGAAAAGGAGGAUGGAGGCGUGGAGGAUUUCAACACGGGGAAGUUUCUGACGGUGGACGAGGUGGGCCAGGUGGAAGAGGACGGGAAGAAGAGGUCUGCUGAGACGGGUAAGAAACAUACUGUAUAUCACUGCUAUGGUCGUCUCUUGAAAGGCCAUCAUUGUAAAUUAAAAUCUGUUCUGCUGUGCUUGCUUGUAUAAAUAAAUGUUUUGAAAAAGUUGUUGCGAUAUGGUAGGAAACCGGCCAGUAGAGGUAAGAAACAAACUUAAUGUUGUAAAGUCAAUCUGCAACAUAUUUGUCUGAGGAGACUGGGUUGUGUUCAGUAGCGAAAACCUUUUGAAAUGGAAAACAAAUGAGUGUUAAGUCCUGGUAGUCCCUACUUGAUGCCCUUUAUCGUGAGGUAACUAGCCUCUGAUGGGUCCUUUAUCCUGAGGUAACUAGCCUCUGACGGGUCCUUUAUCCUGAGGUAACUAGCCUCUGAUGGGUCCUUUAUCCUGAGGUAACUAGCCUCUGAUGGGUCCUUUAUUCUGAGGUAACUAGCCUCUGAUGUGCCCUUUAUCCUGCGGUAACUAGCCUCUGAUGGGUCCUUUAUUCUGAGGUAACUAGCCUCUGAUGGGUCCUUUAUCCUGAGGUAACUAGCCUCUGAUGGGUCCUUUAUCCUGAGGUAACUAGCCUCUGAUGGGUCAUUUAUUCUGAGGUAACUAGCCUCUGAUGUGCCCUUUAUCCUGAGGUAAGUAGCCUCUGAUGGGUCCUUUAUCCUGAUGUAACUAGCCUCUGAUGGGUCCUUUAUCCUGAGGUAACUAGCCUCUGAUGUGCCCUUUAUCCUGCGGUAACUAGCCUCUGAUGGGUCAUUUAUUCUGAGGUAACUAGCCUCUGAUGUGCCCUUUAUCCUGAUGUAACUAGCCUCUGAUGGGUCCUUUAUCCUGCGGUAACUAGCCUCUGAUGGGUCCUUCAUUCUGAGGUAACUAGCCUUGCCACAGGAGGAAAAAGACAACAGGCUAACCAGCUCUAAGGUAGAAUAGUGCUUGAGAUAUGGUAGAUAGCACACUCUAUAUGCAUAGUAGUGGUUGAGAUGGCCAUCCGCCUUUUGUUGAUAAGUGGUCAAUGAAUGGUAACCUGGUUUACAUAGAUUAGUGGUUGUGGUCAUUGUAUAUGAGUGGUUGUGGUGAGGUCAGAUAACCAACUGUAUCUAGAUAACCGCUAGAUAUGGUAACCGCUAGAUUGCUGGAUCAAAUCAAAUUGUAUUGUACUAGAAGGCUAGAUGUUAAAAUGUGGUAUCUAUGGUAACCACUAGAUCAAAUAAAAUCAAAACUGUUUGUUGUAGGGGUGUAAUGGUACACGCAAUAGUACCGAACCGUUGUUAUGGGGACCUCAGUUCGGUCCGCACUGUGAACCCGAAUGAAUAGAUAAAUAAAUACAAAUAUAUAUAUUUAAACGCCUGCGCUGUGUUGUCUGCCUCCUGAGCUGAAAGAAAACAUUCAGGCUAUUCCGUUAACACAAGCCUAUGUGCACCUUGUAGUCAAAAUGAUUUGAAUUGUCACAUUUCAAACUGUCCUUUUGUGAGGCGCAGCCGGGAACUAGUUCUGUAUGAUGGCGAGUGGUGGGGUGGAUAAACCAAGAGGAUUCGCCAUCAAUAUUUAAAUCUCCAGUUUGGGAAAUUGUUGGUUUCCCAGUAGAUGACAGCGAUGGACAAGAAAGUAUGUCGCCACUGCUGAACCAGAAUAGCCUAUGCAGCUGCCAACACCUCAAAACAUGUUGACACAUUUACUCAGAAAUCACACCAGUAUUCCUACCAUCGGAAAUGAGGAGUACCGUGCUACAGACACGCCCCCUUUAUGAGAGUCACACAAGUGUGCAUAUUUUCUCUAUAUUACAAAACAUUAUAGCAUAGUCCUAUGUCUGAGACGACAUGUUUACAUAUUGAUUUCACUAGUAUAUUGCACUUUAUUUGAGUGUUGUCGAGUAAUCGAAGUGUUAUUCCUGAUUGAGCGUUAUGACUCAUUUUACAACGGGUGGGUUUAGUCCUCAAUGCUGGUUGGUUAAAAGCGCAUUCCAGCCAGUGUCUAUUCCACAAGUUACCACCGGCUAAAUCUAUGAUGUUAAAAUGCCUAUUUACUCUGUUCCAUCUGACUGCGCAAUCCACUGUCUCAUCAACCCAGCCAAGCAAUUUAUAAACUUGAUCUCCACUAUAAAAAGCAUCUAGACCAGGGGUGUCAAACUCAUUUUAGCUCAGGGGCCACAUGGAGGAAAAUCUAUUCCCAAGUGGGCCGGACCGGAAAAAUCAUGGUGUAUAUAUAACUUAAAAACAACAACUUCAGAUUGUUUUCUUUGUUUUAAUACGAUCAACAUACAACAUAAAGCUGGAGCCUGAGGACAGUGUGUCCAAAAUAGUACAAGCACAACAUCACUAUUAAUCAUAAAACACGUCAAGUUUAUUUGAAAAUUCUAAAGAAAAAGAACACAAACACACAAUGCGUCAGUGAUUAACAGAAGUAUAUCACAGAUCACAGAACUAUAUCAGGGGGUCAUUUCUCAGGCAGAAAUGUAGAUAAAAAGAAUGAAAUCCUGUUCCCCAAACAAGUGCAAGAACCACAGAGUCAAGAAUAGGUUAAAUAUACAAAUAAAAUAAAAUCAAUUAAAAACAAUGGCACAUCAACAUAAAAACAUAUAAACAUAAAGCUGGAGCCUGAGGACAGUGUGUCCAGAAGCACAACAUCACUAUUAAUCAUAAAACACAAGUUAUUUGAAAGUUCUGAGGACAAAGAACACACAAACACACAAUGCCUCAGUGAUUCACAGAAGUAUAUCAGGGUGUCUCAAGUAGCACUUUAAGUGGGGUUGCAUAGUUUAUUUGACUCCUGAUACCUGGCAUCUUUCAGCUUUCACCAGCGCAUCAAUAUCAGGCGUCACAUGCUGAGUGGCAGCCAACUUCAGGAUGUGAUUCAAGUGCUUGUGCGUGAGCCUUGAGCGCAGCUUUGUUUUAUUUAUGCUCAUUACAGAGAGAACUUGCUCACAAAGAUAUGUGGUUCCAAACAUGCACAACAGUUUUGCAGCGAGCGCUGUCAAGUUGGGGUAACCUGGCAAGAGAUUCUGAUAAAAUGUGUCCAAGCCAGCUGCGGCAAAUUUGCCCUUCAAAUCCGAGUCACACUGCAAGUCUAUUAUUUCAAGUUGGAUGCUGACAGGCAGAUCAGAGGGAUUCACGGUGAAUGGCGAGCAAAAAAACGUUGAAGUCUUUCUCCAGUUCACCAAAAAUCUGAAUGCGUUGCUCAAACUCACGUAACAGUCCCGUUAUUUUAUCUUUGAACCGCUUCAUGUCUGCCACAUGUUGGGUCGCGCACACAUUUUUCAGACAGGGGAAGUGAGCUGCAUCACCACCGGCAAGUUGCGUCUCCCACAAUGACAGCUUCAACUUGAAAGAACGUAUGCUGUCAUAAUACUGCGUGACAACUUUGUUGCGCCCUUGUAGCUGUUUGUUCAAGUUAUUCAGGUGCUCUGUAACAUCCACCAUAAAUGCAAGGUCCUGCAUCCAUUCUGCGGAAUGGAAUUCUAACACUGUUCAAUUUCUUCUCGUAAAUCAAAGAAACGCCUCAGCACCUCGGCUUAACCAUCUUACCUCAGUGUGGUAUGGCAGGCCAUAGAUGUGGUCUUUCUCUCUGAGAAGGCUGUCAAACUGACGGUGAUUCAGGCUUCUGGAUCGGAUGAAAUUAACAGUUUGGAUGACCACCUUCAUGACGUUAUCCAUCUUUAAUGACUUGCAACACAAAGCCUCCUGGUGCAAAAUACAGUGAAAAGUCAAAAAAUCACGUCCUCCAUUUGCAGAUUGCACUUUCUCUCUGAACUUUGUCACAACGCCUGCUUUUUUCCCGAUCAUUGAGGGCGCACCAUCUGUAGCCAGGCUGACAGCGCGGGACCAGUCCACUCCGACCCUGUCCAGCGCGCCGACGAGUGCGGUAAAAAUAUCAGCUGCUGUCGUUGUAUCUGUCAUCGGCACCAACUCCACGAACUCCUCGGUGACGGUCAAUGUGUCAUCAACUCCGCGGAUGAAAAUGGCCAGUUGUGCAACAUCUGUAAUGUCCGUGCUUUCAUCAAUUGCAACCGAAAACGCAAUAAAUGACUUUACUUUUUGCUUCAACUGGCAGUCCAAAUCCACUGAAAUAUUCGAAAUCCUGUCUGCAACUGUGUUUCUUGUCAGGCUAUUUACAAAAGCCUGGCGCUUUUCAGGGCACACAAUCUCCGCUGCCUUCAUCAUGCAUGUUUUUACAAAUUCACCCUCACUAAAUGGUUUUGAAGCCACUGCGAUUUCAUUAGCAAUGAGGUAGCUAGCUUUCACUGCAGCGUCACUGAUGUCUCGGCUGUGAGUAAACACAGACUUGACCUACUUGCUCUGCCCCGGUAUAAACAGUUUGCUUGCUUAACACAAUUGCUAUUGCGCCAUCCAGUGGACGCAAUUGGAACAGCAGUUUAUGUUAUUGAAAAAUUGCAGCGCAUUUUUAUACUUUACAAAAUCAUCUCGCGGGCCGGAUUAAACCCGUUUGCGGGCCUGAUCCGGCCCGCGGGCCGGACGUUUGACACCCCUGAUCUAGACAGUAUCUCAUUUCUUUUAGACUAACAUUUAGUUUUCAACAGCUGAGAUUUGUAUAAACCUUGCUGUCUGUCUCUCCGACAUUUGCAACAUUGUUUCAAUAUUCAAAUUCGAUCUCCAACUGUCCCAUAGUAAUGAACGUGUAGGGGUCGGGAGGAGACAGAGAGGCAGGCAGCGUUUCUCAGCCAGUCGAAAUCAUGAAUCAGCUGGCUUCAUUUUUAUGGAUAUAUACAAAGAAAUGUCAAUUGAGAAAAGUUAAAACGAAACGAAGUGCAGCUAGUUUGCAGUCUUUCCAGCUUCAGUUUGAAGUUAUUGUGUUAGCUGUGUUGUUGGCUAGCUCCUCUGUCCAACAGUGUCCUGACGAGAGAGCACAUUUUCUAUGCCAGGUGAAAUCACGCCUCAUUAGCUCAUUGUUAUCAAUGUAUCCAAAUAAAUGUCACUAGAAAACAGCUUAUGCAAAUGCAGCUACUUAAUGUAGCUGUUAUUCUGGUUGCACUUUUUGACGUGGCUGUAAUUUAGCCGUAGUUGGCUAGCUAGCAAUCAAGGGAUAAGAACGUUGCCAGCCAGUAUGCAAUGGAACAUUUAGAACGAACGACUGGGUCACGUCCAUAGAUACAGAACAAAAAGACUGAACGACUGGGUCCCGUCUCUGGCAACCGAACCAAUAGAACGAACAAACAGCCGGCUUGGGUAUCAACCCUAGAUUUGUGUCGGGACAAUAUCUUGUGGAAGGAUGAAAUAGUAUGAAUAAAUUCAUCAAAAUAACGUUUUUAAUAAAUGUGUCAAUCAUUAUUUGAAUAUGUUGGUAACCCGUUGUGUAAAAGUGAUAAUGCCCUAGAAGCCGGUGUUUGGAGGCCAAUAUAUCCUCAACACCGGCUUCUCUGGCAUUAUCACUUAAUUAUCAUAUAUGGAAUCGGGAAUAUCAACACUGUAUUUUCUUAAAUAAACAAAAAUUAACUACAGUAACGGUUGGCAUUUAAUUUUCCCACUGAACCGUGACCCCCAACACCGCAAUACAUAUCUAACGACGGGUUUGGUGAACUGUUACAGUCCUAGUAUGUAGCUCAAUGGUAGAUAUUGUAACCACUAGACAGCUAGAUGUUAAACUGUGGUAGCUGUGGUAACCACUAGAUGGCUAGCUGUUAAACUAUGGUAGAAGGAGAACUCAGCCAAAUCAACGGUGGUAGCAAGCUCAUGUUAACCUGGUUACCAGUCUGUUUGUGUUCUUAUUCCACUCAAUGCCACUCCUCGUCAUGCCAAACAUGGCAUGAUGGCACAAAAUGCUGGGUUCUUUGAGAGGUUGUAGAAAAUGAUGGUUGGUUGACAACCUGAAACCACAUUUGUUGGAUUGUUUCUAAGGUGUCAGUGAUUUUAUUUGUGUGAUUUAAUGUUUUAAAGAUCUUUCACACAAACCCACAUACAAAGCCCUGACUUUUCAACAACAACAAAAAAUCCUACCUUUUUGUAAGGACAUUCUGGUGACUUGUCAAGUCUGGGAAAACCCACACACCAACAAACAGAACAGACACAGCUACGGUGUCAGUGAUGACCCUGUUCCUUCCUCCAUCUUCUCUUUCAUCUCUCAGUGGAGUCGAAGCGAAGGAGGACAUCUCAGGAGGAGAGAGAGGAGGAGGCAGCGAGGAGGAAGAUGAAGAUGGAACCCCUCUUUUCUAAAGACUACAGCAUCCCUCCUUUCAACCCUGACAGCCCUGUCGGUGAGACUCAAUUGAUGCUGCUUUCGACAUUCAACCAAUUGUUGUAAUUGAUUAGGGUAUUUUUUGAUGAUAAACUAGCUCAUCUAUUAUCAGAAUAGUGUCUUUGUGCUAGGUGUGGUGUGUGUAUAUGUUUACAUAGGUCCCAUAGUAUAAUCAUGUCAUUUGUAUAUUUGAAGCUGGUUUUGUUUCUGGUGUGUUUGAUCACUAUCAGGCAUGGAGUUUCUGGUCCCCAAGUCAGGCUUCUUCUGCAAGGUGUGUUCUAAGUUUUACAGUGGAACUUACGAGGCCAAGAAGACCCACUGCAGGAGCCUCAAACACCAUCAGAACCUGGAGGUGAGAACCCCAAACAACCAAUCAGCCACAACACUGACAAAUCAACCACCAAUCAGCAAGAACAUUUUGACAAUCGGGUGGGUGGGGCCAAUUCCAUUUGGUAAAACAAAUUGGAAUUUCAGUUUGCUUCCUGAAUUUAAAUGUCGAACGUUUUUACCUUUUUGAUUUUUAUUGGAUUCUACUUUACUGAUUUUAGUUUUACGUGCUUGAUUAUUAAUACAUUGACACUCAUGAGUGGAGAAGGAGAUAAAGGAAGGUGUCCUGUCAUGGAAAGCAUCCCCAGACAGGCGAAAGAUCAGCAGUAGUGGCUCUCUCUCUCUCGUGGAACCUUUAUGUUCCACAUAGGAAUCAACAGGAUCUAGAAUUUCCGGUUUGCUUCCUGAAUUGAAAUGGAAUUGCUAGUAAGUAAGCUACUCAUGAGUUUGUUAUUUUUGUCUUUUUAUUAUUUUUCAGAAAUCCCUGGAGAAGUGGAGAGCGAAGAAAGACUGACUCUGCAUGAGUUAAAUAUUGACUCGCUGACUGACUGCGUCCCAACCACUCACUGACUGAUUCAUUCCUGUCUAUUAACUCUUUCCCCCUCUUUCCCCACUUCCUUGUUUUUGUGUUUCUUCCCCAUGGGUCCAAACUCUCACUCUCUCUUUCUCUCUCAUAACUGUUUCAUUUUGUUAGUUAUUUUCCCAUUAUAUAGAAGAGAAGUGACUCAAUAGAGAGAAAUUAAAAUAGAAACCAAUGAAAAAUAAAGUUUUAUUCAAUCGGUAUGUCUCCGUUUUGUAAUUGAAACCGUAAUUUAAUGUUUACCAGAGUUAUCUUUUACCCUUAUUCAAUACAACUUUAUUCAUCCCCCCCAGGGGCAAUUAUGUCUAUCUGCUUAUGCAGCGUCCUUCUGAUUUGAAUACUGCUAGUUCAGCAGUGUGGUUUCCCCUGGGUGUCCAUGCGCACCAAGGGAAAUGUACUGAUUUCCAUGUUCAACUCAUGCAUGGACCAUUAGCUUCCCCCCAGCCAUAGCACUGCUAGCCACUGUGCUAAAACAGCUAACCUCCUGUUAACAUGGAAAGUAAAAGGCUUGGCUUGAGUUAAGGGGUCUUGCUCUUUUAUAUACGGUAGCUAUUUCAAAUCUAUACAUUCCAAUGACUCACUACUUCACUGCAACAGUUAAUUUAUGUAAUAGGGAAUUCUCAGUCAACAUAACAUUUUUUUUUUUAUUGAUAAUACAUUAGUAGCAUUUCAUAAUAAUAUAUUUAAUCUAUAUAGCGCUUUUCAAUACAAGAUUCUCAACAACUCAAUUUACCUGAAUGAUCCCUUGACCUCUGUGACACAGACUUUCAAAUCACAGCUCCAAAAAUUUGCAUCAACAGCCUCAGCCGCUGGCCAUGUUUGUUUCUCCCUGUAGCUCAGCCACUUUGACUGUCUAAUGAGAACACAUUUGGAGCAGGGCUGACCUAGGGGAUGUCCUAAAUGGCACCCUAUUCACUAUGUAGUGCACUACUUUUGACCAGGGCCCAAAGUGCUCUGGUUUAAAAACUGCACUGUAUAGGGAAUAGGGUGCCAUUUAGGACUUCACUGCUUUUACCUUCAAACAAAGAACUAAACUAAUUGUUUUUAACUACACUUGGAGUUUGAAGUUACCCCCUAAAUAAUGUAAUAAAUGAAAUAAUUGAGAUAUGCCUAACACAUUUUCCACAGUGAUCAUGACUUUGCAUAGUGCUCCAUCAUCCUGAUGCUUCAGUCUGACACCACCUUGGUGUGUGUGUGGCCUGUGGCUCUAGAAUCACAAUCUCAGUCUAUGAACCAUUCACACAGAGACCAGAGAGAGUUUUCCAUCCAGGUAUAUCAUGUUGAUUCUUUAUGAUAGUGGGUUUACAUCAAAUAUAAUGGUGGGGAAAUGCAUGUCAUAAGUUAAUGGCAAUCUACUGAACUGUAAUUGUGAAUUACCUUUUACAAUGCUUUUGUUAUUUAAUAAUAAUUUAAGUUUAGCUGUUUAAAUGUAAACUGCAAAAAAAGAAACACCCCUUUUUCAGGACCCUGUCUUUC